AUGGAUUGUCAAAAUGUAGUUAACUCUCUUAAAAAUGCCAACUCCUCUGUUCACUGGUUGAAUCAAGGAAUUGUACAGGAAAUAAGGCAUUUAGUUUCUACUAUGAACUAUUAUGAUGUAAGAUAUGUUAAAAUAACAACAAAUAAGGCUGCUCAUGUUAUAGCUGACGAUGCAAGAACUGAUAUGUCCUCUUUUGAAUUUUGGUGUAACAUCCCAGAUAAAUACAGGAAAAUUAUAAGGGAUGAAUGGACUAUCGGACAUGUUAUUGCUACUCGGAGAAGCAACAGAUUGGCAAACAGAAGAGGAACCAGAGGUGAAGCUGAAACUUCAGCUGAUGGAGAAAGAAGAGGCAAGGAGACUGGAAGAACGAAGAGAAAGGUGAAGGAAUCUAGAAAUGAGAGAAAUCUAGAACAAGAAGUACAGAGAUAUGAUGGUAGAAGAGGAAGUACUUCAGAACGCGAAAUCCAGAGAUGUAGGAGAGAAACCAGCUUGGAGCGAGAUGCAAGAAGAUCUUUAGAAAGAAGUAUAGUAGAACAAAGAACAUCAGAGGUAGCCAAACAAAGGGAAAAAGAGCAGACUGACGCAAACCAAACCAUACUACGACAGCUUGAAGAACUAAAAGCAUCAAUGAAAAACAAUAACAAGCAAGGGGGGAAAAUGAAGUUGGCAGAAGCCAUAGAGGAAGCAGAGAGAUCGCCAUUUUCUCGCGAGAUAUUACAAGCACCUAUCCUCGCAAAGUGUGCUCUUCCAACAUUUUCCAGCAUCUUCGACGGGACAGGAAGUACAGUACAACAUAUGAAAGCCUAUAAUCUCACACUAAUGUCAUGGGCCCAGCAUCAGGCGGUGUUGUGCAAAUAUUUUCCAUCCAGUCUGACUGGAGAAGCUUCAUUAUGGUUCGAUAAUUUAUGCGAAGGAUCGGUGACUUCAUUCGCGCAAAUGCAAAGGUUUUUCUUAGGAAACUACAUAACCAGCAACCGGGCCAAAGCAGGGAUUGAACAUGCUUUUAACCUAAAGAAAGCGCAUGGAGAAAUUCUAUGA